GUGAUCUAUCUAGGUUUGUUUUGCUAAAUCCUUAGUCAGUCAUCUCAACCAUAGAUGAUCUUCGACAAUCCUCCUUAAACCCAUUCCUCAAAACCUGAAAUGUAAAACCUCUGAAAAUGUUAUGCCUCUGAAUUCAGCUGAUGUUCAGGUGGGAUCUGAAAUGUUGGUGACUCCUGCUUCGUCUUACAUUGAAAUAACACUGUGUUUUUCCCACAUAUUAAGUCCAGCUGCAGUUUGUGUGUGUGUUUCCAUAACAGCCACUUUAAUAGACCUGACUCACACUCAGAUUAUUGUCCUCAGCUUCACAAACAAAAGGAAAAGAGUCCGACACAUUUCAGCUGAAAGUCUGUGAGAUUCAACCCUUCAGAUCCAGUGGCGUCUACUUUUUUAAAGAGGAUUAUGUUUGGAAAAUAUCAGAGAACUAAAGUGUUUUUAUAUAAAUGCUGGAAUGGGGAAAGAGCAGAAGACGAGGACAGAGAAACUAGAAAAACAUGCACCAGAAACUCAGCCCAUGAUCAUCUGUGAAGUGAAAACACUUCCCAGGAUGAGAUCUGUAAGGUCAAAGGUCAAAGCUGCAUCGAAGACAAAAACAACCACAGCGAGAGUCAAGACAACAUUUGAGAAAUCAGGGAAUGUGAUGAAGCUUUGUGUCAAUUUAAUGCCUGUUCUGGCUUCGGCCAAGGAGGAAGAGGAGGAUGAAGAAGAGGAGGAGGAAACCUGCAGCAGACGUGAAACCUGCGAACGGACUCUGGAUCCAGGACUGGACAGAACCACAGAGACCAGGAGGACACGGAGUCCUCGGUGUGUCCUUCCACCCAUAACCAAACCUGUGGAGGCUGAAGAACAUCUGAGGAACAGGAGGAGACACAGCCCUUUACCUGACAUCGGUUUAACAGAGAGAGUGGUCGCCAUGACAACGAAGACCAGAACAGCCAGAAACAGAGACCAAGGAUCAGGGACACGAGAAGAACUGGACCAUAGAGCAUGGAUGGACAAACCUCUGUCCAACACUAGGUCGGAUGAGUUUGGUCUCCCUGACAUCUCCCUGUCCAGUCUGGAGACGCUGCUGCAAACAGUCACUGAAAAACUGGGGAGGAGGAAGAGGAGCGAUGAUGAAGAACCAUGGAGACGCUUCCGGUCUGAUCGUCUACUGGUGGUCGAUCAUCUGAAGGAGAAGAGGAGGAAGGAACACUGCCCAGAGGAAAGCAACCCAGCCCCAGUCGUUAACAGACAUAAGAGCCUCCCUCCGCUCAUCUUUGCUAUGACGAAGAAAAACCCACCGAUUUAACUUCUCACAAACUCACAACGAACAGAAGAGUUAAAACAAUACAAGACUUUAUUCUCCAACAUCACACGCCUGUUUCCUCUAAACAGGUUUACGUUUUACAGUGUAGAUGAACAGACAGAUCGAUGUUCAUGUAGAACUGUUAAAGCAUUUAGUAAAAAUACAUUCAGUUUCUUCUUUUAAUCCUGCAUAAUAUUCUGUUUACAGACUUUAUGUUGCAUCGGUUCGACCGUCGAUCAUAACAUUCAGUAUUUUAAUUCAGCAGACAUUGAUAUAUUUGUCUCAUGCUAAUAUUGUAACAGUGGUUAAUUCAGUCGACCACCUCCUUAGAAAACGUUAAUUAAAAGAAAUGAAUAAAAAAUAGUUCAGCAAAGGCGUUGUAGUUUGAUCGUCAUUGUUGCUGUUAUUCACUCAAAUCUCUAACUUUUACUGAUUCUGAAGUGUUUGGCAUCAUGUAAAAAGUUAAAAAUGACAAAUCUGCAACAAAAACAAUGAGAAUCACACGCAUAAAGUGGGAAAUAAAAAUGUCUCUGAUAGAAAAUGUUCCAUUUAGUCGACUAUAAUACUUCAUUUAUAUCAUGUUUAAAUGACUUUUCAGAUUUUUGGAGGUGUGCAGGAAGCAUUAAACGCCUGAUUUCAAUAUUUAGAGCUGAAAAAAAAGAACAUGACUCAUAAAUAAAUUUAAUAAAAUAACAUCAGGCAAAACAGGAG